AUGUAUUUUAAGCACCCCGAUGAAAAAGUGGUUGGAUUUUUUAGAUCCACUACGCCAGAAUUGAUAAUAAGAGAUCCAGAAAUAAUUAAGAAGAUCCUAAUAUCAGAUUUUUCUUACUUCUACGGGCGUGGAUUCCAUCCGUAUAAACGAAAUAUUGAAAAAUUGAUACAAAACUUAUUUUUCGUCGAGGGAGAUUUGUGGAAAAUGUUAAGGAUACAGAUGACACCCGCAUUCACAAGCGGCAAACUGAAAGCUAUGUUUCCACUAAUUGUGGAACGAGCUGAGAAUCUUCAACAAAGGACAUUACUGGCAGUAAAAAAAAAUCUUCCUAUAGAUGCUCGUGAGCUUACAGCCCGUUUUACAACAGAUUUUAUUGGCGCAUGUGGUUUUGGACUUGACAAAAUACAGAAGAAAGUUCAAAAUGAGAUCGAUGAAGUUUUAAAGAAGCAUGAUAACAAACUAAGUUAUGCUGCUGUUAAAGAAAUGACAUGUUUAGAAUGGACAUUCAAGGAGGCUAUGCGUAUAUUUCCAUCAUUGGAUUAUUUAAUAAGGGAAUGCACUCGUAAGUACAUAUUUGAAGAUUUGGGCUUCAGUAUCGAUGAAGGUGUAAAGAUGAUGAUAUCUGUAGCAGCUUUACAUAAAGACCCAAAAUAUUGGCAUAAUCCAGAAGAAUUCCGCCCGGAAAGAUUUAGUAGGGAAGAGUUUACAAAUGUUAAAAAAGAUGUAUAUCUAGUAUUUGGCGAUGGACCUCGAGUCUGUAUUGGUGCACGCCUUGGAUUAAUGCAAUCAUUAGCUGGGUUAGCUGCCAUCCUUUCUAAAUUCUCUUUCACACCAGCCCCAGAAAGAGUAAGAAGACCACCAGUCGUACCAACUUCGGAUAUCGUUCAGAAUAUAAAUGUCAUACCACUCAUGUUUCAUGAGCGACACUAG